AAGACAUUGCUUUUCUGCCCUCGGUCCCUAGGGGCUGGCCAGCCCCCAGCUCCCUGCUGUCCCACGGCUUCCCCGCCGCUGUCCAGGAACAGCUCUGCAGCACGCCACGGGUUAACUAGCGCUGCGAGGAGGAAGCACUGCUAGCGCGCAGCAGUAGGUGGCGGUGUGCACACGGGGCAGGGGGAGCAGACCGCACUCCGCAGUCACUCCGCGGCCGGAGCUGGGACCGGUUCUUUGGCCUCAGCGCCCGUCAGAACCAAGAUGCUGGACCAGAUCGCGCUGCUGGCCGCUGUGACCGUGCUGGGAGUCCUGGAGCAAGCCUAUUUUGCACUGCAGGUGAUCUACGCCAGGCGGAAGUACAACGUCUCCCCCCCGGAUACAGCAGGCCCACCAGAAUUUGAGAGAGUCUUCAGAGCUCAGGCGAACUGCUCCGAAUACUUUCCAAUCUUUGUGUCUGUCCUAUGGGUGGCUGGAAUCUUCUUCCAACAAGGUGUGGCUGCAGUCUGUGGGCUACUCUACCUGUAUGCUCGGUACCAGUACUUCCAGGGAUACAGGCUGUCUGCCCAUGGAAGAAUUGUGGAUCCUUCUGCACAACCUAUGGAGUGAGAAAGCUGCUAAAUUAGCAGAACUCACUAUAUCUCAGGAAAGAGCCUGUGACAAUUCUACCCUCCUUUUGGGUCCUCUGAAGAUAGAUUUUAAUUAUGCCAGUGAGUUAGAUUAAGCAAGUAUCAGUUAAUACUGCUCAGAACUUACACCUGCAGGCAUGGCCUUGUCAAAUUUUUCAUCCACCUAAUGUUGCUGACCUUUGCUGAACUACAAGCUGCCUCAAACAUUUAACAUUUUUACUCUGUUGUAGUUACUUCUUGCUGCACUUACCUGUGCAAUGGGAAACAUACACAGGUUUUCUGCUAUCCGAGUCAAUACAUUUGUCAUAGGACAGUCCAGGGGUGCACUGCAUACACAGUUGGUGAGUGGAGACAGAAAAUAGCCAGAAAAGAUGAAGAGAUAGUUUCCCAAACGUACAGCUUUAGAUAUACUGGUUUGAAGGGGAGGAACACACAAUACUUCAGCAAUUUUCUUCUUUUAUAACCACACUUUAAAAGCAAAGGCCAUUCAAAGAAAGGCUCUCUCCUAAUCCAACAGAAACUUGCAUUGGUUUUAAUAAGUGAACUGAGGAGGGAGGAAUUAAGCCCCUCUACCUGGAUACAGAGCCACUGAGGAUGUUUUCAGCAUCAGGUGGCCCUUGUCAAUAGUAGACUAGUAAGGAAAAAAAAAAAAGGCACAUUUUACAUAUUACAAUGAGUGAGAGUUUAGCAAUGGUUCCUUUUCCUACUAUAUGCAGAGCUGCACUACAGUCUGUUCAGUUAUGCAACUACAGCAACCUGCCUGUAAAAGCAGGGCCCCUGGAACUGGCACCAGUGCCACGAGGAGCACUACCUUGGCUAAUUUAUAACCCUAUUCAACAGUUACAC